AUGAAGUCAUUGGGCCAUGUUGAAGUGCAGCGUAUUGCGCCGGGAGAAGACGGAGAGAAGGGGCGCGACCAAAAUGCGAGCCUGGAUCACGGACCGAGCCGCAAUCCAUGCGACCCGGGAAGCGUCAACGAACAAGAAUACCAGGCAGGCGUGCACAAGGCACUGGCUUUGAACAAGGCAUGGUCGCGAACGACUCUGAUCAUCGCCUUCUCCAGUCUCUUCAUCACGACGCUGACCAUUACCUUCUCGGACUACUCGGGCAUGGUCGUCGAGCCGUACGUGACCAGCUCCUUCAAGAAGCACUCCGCCAUGAGCGCCGCCCACGUCGUCGUCAACAUCACGCGCAUCAUCGCAUACCCGGUCAUCGCAAAGCUGAGCGACGUCUUUGGGAGGGCCGAGAUGUUUGCCCUUUCCAUCUUCUUCCAGACGCUCAGCUACAUCCUCUUCGCCACGAGCCAAAACAUCGGCAACUACUUUACAGCCGGGCUCUUCGACGCCGUAGGCUCGACCGGAUUCGGCCUCACGCAGCAGGUGUUCAUCGCCGACUCGACCAGCCUCGUCGACCGCGCCUUCUGGUCCACCCUGCCGGAGACCCUCACCACCAUACCGGCGCUCUACCUCGGUUCGCUCAUGGGGCAGAGCUUCCUCACCCGUACGGGGUGGAGGUGGGCGUACGGCACCUGGGCGAUGGUCGUGCCCGUCGUGUCCGUGCCCCUCAUCGGCACCGUGAUGGUCCUCCAGCGCCGCGCCGCGAAGCAAGGCCUGCUGCCGCCUGGAGGCCCGGCCGCGGCCGCGGCGCCGUCCGCGUGGGGGCGGCUGCGCCGGCUCCUGUGGACCGAGAUUGACCUGCCGGGCCUGGUGCUCCUCGUGGCCGGGCUGUCUCUGAUCCUGAUCCCGCUCUCGCUGACCGGGUCCUUGAACCCCGGCCGGUGGAGGGAGGCGUCCUUCAUCGCCAUGGUCGUUGUCGGCGCCGUGCUCUUGGUCUCGUUCGUUGAAUGGGACGUCAAGUUCGCGAAGAGGCCGUACAUCCCCGCGCGCAUGGCCAAUCGCACCGUCAUCGCCGCUUGCCUGAUUCAGGUAUUUGACUUUAUGGAGUACAGCCUGUUCACGAUAUUCUUCUCGAGCUACUUGCAGGUCGCCGGCCACUACUCGCCCGCGCACGCGACGCGCAUAGACAACUCGCUCCGGGUGGCCUUUCAGGUCAGCGGACUGUUUGUGGCCCUCGGCAUGAAGUACACCAGGAAGUCGCGGAUGUGGGCGCUGAUGGGUCCUCCGCUGGUCAUCAUCGGCCAGGGCGUCAUGAUCUACCUGGUCAACCCGGGCGGGGACCGGAGAUCCGGCGAGGCCGCGUUCGUCGCCUGCAAGGUGAUUUCGGGGAUCGGACGGGCGCUGUUCCAGACGGCCGCGCAGGUCUCGGUGCAGGCCGCCGUGUCACAACAGGAGGUUGCCGUCGCGACGAGUCUUUUCCAGGCCGGUAACAGCGUGGGCGCCGCGCUGGGGACAAGCGUGUCCGGGGCGAUAUGGCGCAACACCCUGCCGGACAAGCUGGUGGAGUACCUUCCGGAGAGUGACAAGGGCAAGGCAAUGAGCAUCUUCCAGUCCAUCGUCAACGCGAAGAAGUACGAGAUCGGCAGCCCGGUUCGCCUGGCCAUCGACCGGAGCUUCCGCGAGUCCCAGAUGCUACUUGCCAUUGUCGCGACGGCCUUGUGCGUGCCGAACCUGGUAAUAAUGUGGUUCAUCAAGAGUAUUACGUUGGAGGACGAGAAGAAGGAGCAAGGAGAAGAGUCAGAGGCCCCAGGCGAGGGUGGAACAAGAGCCUCAGAGAAAUGA